GCGCCCAGGCCGGCAGACGCGCUUCUCAGUCCCCUGUCAUCCGCCAGCGCUGCCGAUUAGGGCGACCCUGGGGCGGCGGCCACCGCCUCGUGCGACGCGGCGUGGCCUUCCAGCGGCCGUCCCGGGCGGCGGGAGUUGGCAGCGGGAUGUGCUCGGCUGGGGAACUGCUGCGGGGCGGCGGCAGCGGGGAUCGCGACGAGGACGGGGACGCUCUGGCGGAGCGGGCGGCGACUGGGACGGAGCGGGAGCCCGGAGCGAGCCCGCGGCGGCGCGGGCUGCAGCCCCCGGAGGAGAGCGAGCAGGAUAUUGAAGAAUCACAAAACCACACUGGUGAUUCUGUUGGAGAUGACUACAAAAAGAUGGGAACACUUUUUGGUGAAUUGAACAAAAGCCUCCUCAACAUGGGCUUCACAAGGAUGUAUUUUGGAGAACGAAUUGUGGAACCAGUAAUAGUCAUUUUCUUUUGGCUUAUGCUGUGGUUCCUUGGCCUACAAGCCCUUGGACUAGUUGCUGUCCUUUGCCUUGUCAUUAUUUAUGUGCAGCAGUAAAACUUGGCCGAAUGAAUUGUUAGUGGACAUUCGUUAGCCAUGUAUGUAAUCAAUGAAGUUAUACAUUUGAAGGCCAAAAAGGUUUGCCCUGUUUCGGUUGUGUGCUGGCUGUUUUGUAAUUAAAUCUAUAAGUAUGUUGUUUAAAGCUAAACUCAACUCUUGAUUAUAACAAAAUUAACUAUAUAUUUUGAGUAGAAAUUAGCUUAUUCAAAACUCUUUUUUCACUACUGUGAUCUGUACCCACAUUUAGACACCUCUAGCCCCAUGCCGAAUUUUAAUAACACCACCAAACAAUGAUCAUAGGAUAUUGAGUUCAAAUUAAGCAAUAUAGUUAUUAGAAAGAGUUCCAAUAAAAUACUUGGAGGAAAAAGGAGGAAACAAGCUAAACAUAAAUUUUAAUUGGAAAAUUGUUCCACCCCCACCUCUAUCAAAUAAUCCCAUAUUAUUUAGGAAUUAGUUAUAUUUCUAUUGUCCCUGCUUGGUCCAAACCAAGUUAAAUGUAUGUAUAUACACUGCCUGAAUAUUGUGGUGAAAAUGUAUAAAGCUAGCAUAUUUUCUGAAGACUGAAAAGAAUAUGUUUAUUGUUCCUGGGGAAAGUUCUCAGGUUGAAUAUAAGUUUUUUAUAAUGCAACAGUUGGACCUGGAAUUUCUCCAGUAUAUCAUUUGAAGUUUUAGACAAUUUUGGUGCUAAUUACUUUUUGUGAGUUUUUUUAAAUGUUUCAUAAACCAGGCCUAUAAUUGGAUAAUACCCUAUGGUAAUGCAUAUUUUCUUGUAUAUAACAAGUUGCAUAUUUUUCCUAAAGAGACAUUUUCAAGUGCAUUUUUUCAAUUAUUUAUAAUUUUAUAGUUCUUUUAUAACAAUUAUUUUAAGAUUUAAAACAAUGUAUUUCCUAGCUUGGCAUGGAUUUUCUCCCCCAGAAAAUUGUUCUAUAUUUUACUAUAUUGUUCUAAGAAAAAAAAAAUCAGCUCGUUUUUCCUUGAUGUCUUUAUUAGAAAGUACCAUGUUACAGUAUAAAAUUAGGUACUUAAAAUUGGAAAUUACCAGCCUAUUCUAAUAUUCUUCGAAGGCUAAAGCCAAGUCAGUAAUUGGUUAUCUAUGUGUUUAGUGUGUCUCAAUUCAGCACUGCAGGGUUUGAUAUUUAAAUAAGCAUUUUUUAAAAAUACAUUUUGGAAGUGGAAAUGGCUUUGAUGAUAUUUUGGAUUUUGUUAGAGAACCUAAAAUCUUUAUACUUUCAUCUCAAAGACUAUUUAAACAAGGGACAGGUAGUUAACAUAAUCAUCUAGGAAUUCCAGUUAAAAAAGGAAAAUAGGACUCUGGGGCAUUUUUAUCUUGGGUAGGUCAAUAACUACUAUAUGUAGAGUGUUUAAUAUUCUACUUUAUAAAGUUUUUACCCAAUCCAGUUUUUAAAAUUAUUCUGUGAAUUCUCAGUGUCUUCCAUUCUGAAGCAGAAAAUAAUGAAAAACACUGAACUUACAUUUCUAAAAUCAGACAAUACUAAACAAAAACACCAGUCAGGGGCACUAAAAUGUAUUGUACAUUUGUUUGUAUAAAUACAGGCCUUUUAAAAUUGACUUUUAAAAAACAGAAGACUUUGUAUAUUUCAUUGUGUUUUUAUUGGGUCUGCAGUAUUUUUAUAGUAACCUUUAUGAGCUCAGUGUAAGUGCAAGUUGUUUGAAAAGGUGUUUUCAUUUGUGUACAAUAGAAGUUAUUAGGAGAUUUUGUAUAUCUGCAUAAAAUAUUAAUAAGUAAUUUUUUUCUAAUGUUACCAGGGAUUUUAAUUUCCCUUUGGAAUACAAAAAGAUGUUGUCUACAUAAUAAAUAAUAUGGUUCCACCAGUACCUACUGUUGAAAAUAUUUUAAAAGGAAGUUUUAAUAUACUAAAUAUUAUUUAGUAUACUGUCAAUACUGUGCAUCUGCACACUGGUGUUAAUAGGGUAUUAUUAAAUUAUAUAAAGAAGUAAGAACUAUUUUGCUGCUCUUCUUUCUAUAUAUGUUAUUGGUUUGAUAUGGGAAAAAAAUAGUUAUUUGAUGGAAAUAAAAUAUUUUCUUUUGUGAAAUAUUAUAAUGUAGAUUGUACUGAUAUCCUAAAAUGAAAUUGGUAAAAUUUCUUUGGUUCAUGGUAUAAAAAAAGUAGAUUGAAAAUUAUUCUCAGUCAUUUCAAUGGCAAAUAUAAGCCAUUUAUAGAAACUGUUGUUGCUUAUGAAUAAAGAAAUAGAAGUUACAAUGCUAAGGCCAUUAGAUUAUUAAUAUAUACAUCACCAUGCUGUCAGCCCUCAAUUCAAAGAAAAGGUCAAAAUCCAGAAAUAAACUGACUGUACACAUGAGUAA